AUGAGCCAUUUGACGCCACUGGUACUCGAGCGUGUCUCUCUCGACGGUGCUGUACAGUACGUGCUCAAACAAGAUAGCGGCCCUUCGGCAGUGAUCUUCUGUGGGACGAAAGGCGACUUGAUCGAGCAGCUCACGCCGAGGACUACGGAAAACCGACCUGCCAAUAAGGCAACAAACGAUCAUGAGGCCGACGUACCACUAUCCACUACCGAACCAGCGCAGACGCAACAAUGGUGGGCAGUGCCGACCCUGCAACUUCUGGCCAACUCGCGCUACAAAAAAGUCGUCUUCUGUCCGGACAUUACGCAUCUACGUGCUUAUCUGGCUACAUAUCGCCUAGACCCUGUGCACCAUCCAUUGGGCAGCACUAGCAAUGGUAGUUUAGCUAUCUUGAACCCCGUCAACCUUCAUCGCCAGACCUCAGCUUUCUCUGCACAAGGUCUCAAUCGGACUCUCUCGGCAGCAGUGGAGGCUGCACAUCGUGCGGGUUCAAGGCUGGUGAUCGCGGAAUGCACACAGCCUCUUCCACCAAUACCAGACGCAGAUGUGGGCACGGAAAGACCACAUGAUGAGGGUGACUUUGCCGACCGCAAUGAGCCAGCAUUAACCGGCGGCCCGUGGGAGGAAGAAGUCUCGAUCCUCAACGUCACGACCAAGAGCUUUGGUGUUGGAGAACGAGGUUGGGUUGGUAGGACAGUCAAGCUACGAGCGAUUGUCUCGAGGUGGUGUACGUUUGAUGACCUGAGUAAGCCAGUUGGAUGA